AUGACAAAGGUGCAGGUGCUGACGCCGCUCAGCAUCCUCGUCAAUCUGGCAGCCUUGACCGUGUGCGCAGUCGCCAUCAGUCCGGGCCUGGGUCAGGUCUCGCAGGAGCAUGGCACCUACCUGACGCCCAACGCAUCGCUUGUCCUCUUCUUCUGGGCGGUCAUGUUCCUGCUCCAGGUCGGCUUCGCUCUGCUUGUUGUCCUGAGCCAGAAGGACUUCACCAAGCACACCAUCGUCAAUGGCGUCGGACUGCGGUUGGCAUUUGCCAAUUUGCUCCUGGCGGCCUGGGCAAUCACAUGGGUGCUCAACAAGCCCGUCUCGCACCUCAUCGGCCUUGUGCUGCUUUCGCUGUGCGGACUCUUGCUCCUCAUCACGGUGCUCCUGCUCCAGAUCCGGUACCCACCCUCGCUCUCGCGUCCUCUCGACUGGCUCUUCAUCCAUGUCCCCAUCAAGAUGUUCCUCGUGACGAUCAUCCAGCUCGAUAUUCCUCAGCAGACCUUUGUUGCCCUAGGCUGGGAUGUGUCCGAGGGCGGAAAGGCUGCUUUCGAGAACCUUCACAAGGCCUUGUGGCCCAGCUUUGCCGUGCUGUGCAGCAUGGGUGCCCUGAGCGCCAUUUGGAUCUUUGCCACGAUGGACGUCACUUGGGCCGCCGCGGGCAUUUACCUCCAUCUCGCCCUCCUCUAUGGCGACUCGAAGCGCGGAAUCGGUGGACUGGGCGAGCGGAGGCCGCCCGAGAUCACGGCCGCCAUCAUCCUCGCCAUUGGUCUCCAGGCGGUGGCCAUCCUGGGCAGCAUCGUGCAGAAGAGCAUCAGCCGGACGCAGCAGCAGGAGCGCGAGGACCGGCUUCUCGAGGAGGGCGCCGCCGAGCCGGCUUCGGACGAAGGCAGGAUCGCGCUGGGCAGAGAUCCUCAGGAGGAAGAGGCCGCCGCCAGGUACGAGCAGGAACAGGAGGCUGCGCACGACAAUGGAACCGAGCACGAUGAUCACCGUGUCACGCGCAAACUUGGCUCGUCCGCGGGUCACUGA